AUGACAACUACUCUAUUUAAUAUUACAUUAGCAUUCGUAUUUUCAUUAAUUGGAACUCUUAUGUUUCGCUCACACCUCAUAUCUACACUUCUAUGCCUAGAGGGAAUAAUAUUAACCUUAUUUAUUAUACUCACUAUCACCUCAUUAAACAUCCACUCAAUAAUCACAUAUCCUAUCCCUAUUGUUAUCCUAGUAUUUGCGGCAUGCGAAGCAGCAGUUGGACUCGCCCUAUUAGUUAAAGUAUCCUCUACAUAUGGAAUAGACUAUGUACAAAAUCUUAACUUACUACAAUGCUAA